UGCAGGAUGUUCGAGGACGGUAAUGAUUAGUCAAUUCAUUCGGUAGGAAGAAUGAACAUUGACCCAAUGUACAGGAUCAGUGUGAUGUCACUUCCUGUUUCUGGCACUUCCUGUCAGCUGACAUGGAAUAUGAUUACAGAAAUUACCGGCAUGUGUCGGCUUCAUGUGUGAGAAGGUAUGAUCGGAUGAGCUCUUAUGGAGAAGCAAAUGACAACAAGGCCAGGAAAGAACCCUGCUGACACUGAAUCACACAGCCUUAUACAGAUUCUUCAGGUACAGGACCUUCAUAGAUAAAGAUUUCUUUGGAAAUCAAUCGGUGAGGAUAGAAACCACAUGGCUGCGAGGAUAUUAGACCUCACCCUAGAGAUCAUCUACUUGAUAACUGGAGAGGAUUACACAGUAGUGAAGAAGUCGUCUGGUGAGUGUGUGGCACCCCAUGUGUCAGGAGAAUGGAGCAGGACCCCGGGAGCCAUCACCGAGCCUCCACCUCAUUCCCUGAUACAUGAGCAGAAGAUCCUAGAACUUACCAACAGGAUCACUGAGCUGCUGACCGGAGAGGUUCCUAUAAGGUGUCAGGAUAUCACUGUCUAUUUCUCUAUGGAGGAGUGGGAGUAUGUAGAAGGACACAAGGAUCUGUACAAAGACGUCAUGAUAAAGGAUCACCAGCCCCUCACAUCAAUAGGUGAAGACUGGAUGAGAAACUUUUAUGAAGUAGAUGAUAAUCAGUCACAGAUUGGCAAAACUAAAACUGAACAUAGAAUAGCAAACUCGUUUGCAUGGUCUGAAAGUGGGAACCAUUUUAAAGAGGAAUGUAAUCUUUCAACGAAUGAAGGAAUUCACAUAGAAGAAAGGCGAUUUAAAUGUUCAGAGUGUGGGAAAUCUUAUACUCAGAAAUCAACUCUUGUAACGCAUCAGAGAACUCACUCAGGAGAGAAGCCGUUUUCAUGUUCAGAUUGUGGGAAAUGUUUUAUGACAAACUCCUAUCUUGUUCGACAUCAGCAAACUCAUACUGGGGAGAAGCCAUUUUCAUGCUCAGAAUGUGGGAAACAUUUUAGGCAAAAGUUUACUCUUGUUGAACAUCAGAGAAGUCACACAGGGGAGAAGCCAAACACAUGUUCACAAUGUGGGAAAUGUUUUAACCAAAAAUCAACUCUUAAGAAACAUCUGAAAAUUCACUCAAAGGAGAGGCCAUAUUCAUGUCCAGAAUGUGGGAAAGGUUUUAACUUUAAAACAGGUCUUAAGAAACAUCUAAGAAUACACACAGAUCAGAAGCCAAAUACAUGUUCAGAAUGUGGAAAAUGUUUUCGUACCAAACCAAGUCUUGCAAAGCAUUUGAGAACUCACACAGGAGAGAAGCCAUAUUCAUGUCCUGAAUGUGGAAAAUGUGUAAGCCAUAAAUCAGGUCUUGUGAAACAUCUGAGAACUCACACAGGCGAGAAGCCAUUUUCAUGCACAGAAUGCGGGCAAUGUUUUAGCCAGAGAGAAAUUCUUGUAAAACAUCAGAGAAUUCACACAGGGGAGAAGCCAUAUUCAUGUUCAGAAUGUGGGAAGUGUUUUAGUAUAAGAUCAAGUCUUGUGAAACAUCAGAGAAUUCACACAGGGGAGAAGCCAUUUUUAUGUACAGUAUGUGGGAAAUGUUUUAGUCUAAAAUCAAAUCUUGUGGACCAUCUGAGAACUCACACAGGGGAGAAGCCAGUUUCAUGUACACUAUGUGGCAGAUGUUUUAGCCGUAAAACAAUUCUUUUGGAACACCUAAAAUCUCACACAGGGGAGAGGCCAUUUUCAUGUCCUGAAUGCGAGAAAUGUUUUAGACACAAAUCGGGUCUUGUGGAACAUCUAAGAAGUCACACCGGCGAGAAACCUUAUUCAUGCACAACAUGUGGGAAAUGUUUUAGUCUGAAAUCAAGUCAUGUUAAACAUCAAAGAGUUCACGCAGGUGAGAAGCUAUUGUAAUGUUCAGAUUAUAUGAAAUGUAGAGGGUGUGCAGCUUCAGUGUAGGACCUUCCUCAGGAUGCCUAGCUUAAAGGUGUUGUCCAGUAUUAGAAAAUCAGUCGCUUUCCUCCAAAAACGGUUGUAUGUGUUAUUGCAGUUCUGCCCCAUUUACUUCAGUAAAGCCAAGCUGCAUUAGCACAUGGGCAAGUGUGGUGUUGUUUCUGAAAUUAAUUAUUUGCAACAUUUUUAACUCCUUCGCCUAUCUUGAUGCACAUGUAAGUCAUGGAAUGUCUUUAGUUGCUGCCCCCAUGCUGUACAUAUAUGUUACGGUGAUCAUCUGGACUUAGAUUCUGUGUCUGUACAAUCAACACAGGAGCCUGACAUUGAUUUAUAGCCAGACUCCAAGAGACCAGAGAAACCUCUGAUCCCAGAUGUGCGGCAUCUUAGAUUCCACAGUCAAUAGCGACAGCAGUAUCUGAGCAUUUAGACAGAGAUGAGGCUUCCUCUGUCACCCCAUUCUUGUGGGGUGCCAUUGGGUCACUAUGACAGCAGGAGGCCCAACAAUUUAAAAAUGUUAAGGGAAAGAAAUGAAAAUUUUAACUUUAAAUUAUGCUAUAUUAUGGACUAAAAACAAUAAAAGAGAACUAUACAAAGUUAUCACUACAUUCAUAAAUACUGUAAUAUGAAAAUGACAUUUUUUUUCUCCACACAGUGAAUGCUGUAAAAGAAAAAAAACUGUAGAAUAAUUGUGUUUUUGCCUCCCAAAAGGGCAAAUAAAAAGUAACAGAAUAAAAAGUUACCAGGGACGGAGCUUGACUGCACUUGGUGAUGGCAGCUCAGCUCUGAGAGCUUCUCACAAUUACUGCACCUACUGUUAUAAACGUGGGCAAAAUUGGCAGACAGGAGCAAAGAGGCAACUGCAACUUAUUACUCAAAGAAAUUUAAACUAGACAUAGACAUAGCCUCUCCACUGCCCUGGCACCCGUGCUCCAUGCUACUCAAGAACUGUCAGAAGACUCAGACACCGUUAGGUUCUCUGACUACUCAGUAGUUAUGGAUAAGCAGACGGAAACCUUAUCUUAUGGUCUUACAUUAAGCAUACUGCAUUAGUGGCAUAAUUAGAAAUGAUUGGAGGAAGAUUGUGGAGAAGGACCGAUUCCAGACCUUGGGGGACCUGCGGAAGCAGUGGACUGAGUCUGGAGUAGAAACAUCCAGAGCCACCGUGUACAGG